UUCGAGUUUCGAGUGUCGACAGUUGAUCAGUGGCAGCGGGCACGGCGCGUGUCUUGCGACCUCGUCCGGCCCCCGUUUUAUUUGUCGUGUAUUAAAUAUUUACAAACAAAGUGAUAAGUAACCGUCACUUAAACCACGCUCGGUAUCAAGUUGUGUGUCGUCAAUGCAACUCAGUUUAGUGAUAUUAAUUAAAAUUUUAAAGUGUUAAAAACAGUCUAUAUACGAUACAAAGUUGAUUAGAUAAGGUGUUGUUUUAUCGUUAGUGCAGUGCAAAUUGUAUUACAGCAGCAUUUGUUUAUAGUUAGACGAGAAUGCGAGAACGGCGGACAAUUAAGUGUUUACUUUCGCAAAACAAGUGACAAUAAGUGACGUCAUUCGAAGCAAAUGGCUAACGGUUCUAAGAUGCCGACCCCAGAGAACACUGACGAAGAAGGUGAAGUGUUCACCGAUGCAGACUUCGGUGAUACAGAUGAUGAUUUAGAUCGUGAUGAUAAUAGAAUAUCGAAUGUUGCAAUAAACGAAACUGUCAAUACAGCUUUAAAUACGAGUAAAUCUGAUUGGAAUGGAACUAGAGACGAAGUUGAUGACACUGUUAUAGUCCUUAAUCAAUCCGGGAAUAGUGAAAUAAAUGGUAGCGUGAAGAAUGAUUUAGAUAAUAGUUUGGAAACGCUGAGAGAUUCCGACGAUAGUGAGACCAAUACUUCAAUAGUUGGCAUACUGGGUGGUCAGCAGAAUCAUGCCGAGCAACGGUUAGCGGCGCGGCGAGCGGCGCGCGCGGAGGCUCGCGAGAUCCGCAUGCGGGAGCUGGAGCGGCAACAGCGCGAGCAGGAGGACCAUGCCGACAAGGCAUACGACAUGUACACAGAGACGGUGGGACGCCGCGCUGGAAGCAGGCUAGCGGCGCUCAGUCCGGGCCUGCACUCGCCCAGGCGGAGCUCCGAGGACUCUGACGAGGUCAUCAGUGUCAAAGAUUUGAGGCACGAUCUCAAGGAGGUCGAGGAGAAGUUCCGCAAGGCGAUGAUCCUGAACGCUCAGCUAGACAAUGACAAGGCGGCGCUGGGGUACCAGCUGGAGCUUAUGAGGGACAGAAUAGAGGAGUUGCAGGAAGAGUACGCACAGUUACAGCGUGAACACAAAGAGAAGUGCUCGAGCCACGAGCGACUAAAGCGCGAGCACGCGGCCCUCGAGCGGGAGGUGGUGGCGGCGCGAGACGCCGUGCGUGCGCGCGACGCCGCCGCAGACGCGGCAGGGUACUCGUUCGUGGAGGCGGGGGGAGUGGGGGGAGCGGGGGGAGCAGUGGGAGCGGGGGGAGUGGGCGCCGGCUUCGGAGACGUGCCGCCGCUGGCGCUGCUGUCGCACGCGGCGCGCUCGCUGCUGGACGAGGCGGGCGAUGGAACCCUCGACGUGCGGUUAGAGAAGCUGGCCAGCUGUAAGACGGCUCUGGAGUCGGAGGUGCGGAAGCUGAAGCUGCAGCUGAACGAGGAACGGUCCGCCCGGCAGAAUGGAGUGACGGGCGUCCACGACCGAGAGUACGAGACCGAGGUGGAGACGCUUCGGAAGUGUGUGUCCGAGGCGAAGGGCCGGGCGGCCCGGGCGGAGGCCGAGGCGGCCCUGGGCGCGGGCGCGGUGGCCCGGCUGGAGGCGCAGGUGGCGCGGCUGCGGGCGCGGCUGGAGCACCACGACCACCACGAGGAGGAGCUCAAGGGGGAGCGGCGCCGGCUGCAGCGGGAGGCGCGGGAAGCCCUGAAUCGUGUGGAGGAGCUCGAAACGGAGAAUAGUCACCUAACGAAACGGCUCGACAAACUGAAGAAUGCAAAGUCAGCGUUACUCAAGGAGCUGUGACGCUCGACCGACGAAUAGCACAUGGCUACGAGAAAUCCGCUGAGGCGACCUGGCGUGACAUAUUCUGUACUUGUAGGUAUGCCGUUUGUGCGGCCACAGCUUAGAAAUAUGUAGUUUGCCAUGAGACGUAGGGUUGUCGCCAUGUUUUUUAUAUAGGUACCCUAAUGGUUGUCCACUUUUGGACUUUAUAAUUUAUCUGGUGCAGGAUAAUUGACGAAAACAAACAUCUGCCAAAACAAAUAUAGGAGAAGUAAAAUUUCAUCAAUAUAUAUCAUAAAAGGUAGCCAAAUAAUUGACAAUAUUACAUAGGGUUUGCAUUUAAAAGUUUUCUUGGGAUGACUGCUAGAAAACUACAAUUGAUUUUUAUAGGUGAUUUGAUUUCCUGAAUGUCAGUAUCAUAAUGUGCUUAAAACUAUAUAUUUCUGAAUUGUGAUCCUAUCAACGCCGAAAUAAUUAAGCGCUGUCGCUGUAAGUCGUAUGAUUUUAUUAAAAUAAUAUUGUAUACAAUUUUUGUUUAGUUCGCAAAUAGGACUGAAUAAGUAGCACAGUAAGUAGGGGCCGGCCGAGUGUGUAAGGUUUUUAUAUAUGAGUAUAUCACUAUAUAUAAAUAAAUGGAUUGUGAUGACCCUAAAAUUGAUAAAACAAGUAACAAAAUAUUUAUUUAUUGAAAUGUUUAAAUUUUGACAAACACAAUAAUAUGUGUAAUUUGUUGUGGUAUGAUAUCAGUGUUGAUGUAAGCUUAUUCUGAUAAUCGCAAAUUUGGAGUGUACAUUAAUUUAUAGAUUUCGAGAAUUCCUAAUGGCUUUACGAUACAGAUUAAAAAGUUUUUUUUUUAUCAAUAUCAAUAUUUAUCUCUCACUGACAACUGUAUGAUAACCACAAGCGAUUUUAUGUUUUGUCGUUCAUAAAUUCAUGGAGCACUUUUUAAAAGUAUCAGUUUUUUUAUAACUCAUCUUCUGUCUUCCCAUUGUUCUUCCUCUAUAUAUAUUUAUACAGAUAACUGUGCCAAUAAUAUUGUGAUAUAAACUAAUCCUUUUGCGAUGUAUCAAUCGAAGUUUAUUUUUUUAAUUUUCGAACACUAUAAACCUGCCAUAGAUAAAAAAUUAAAAUAAGUUUACACAACUUGUACCUAUCCCCAGUCUCCCUUGUCAAGGGUCGUUUUAAAAAAAAAACGUUUAUUAUGCUUUAUGUAAUUAAUUUAAGCAUCGAGCUGAUCGCCAAUACAAUAUCCCACUGGUAUUCUAAUUUUGAAACUGUAUUUUCGACUGAUACAUAACACAUAUCAAUUCUUUCUCUCUUAGCUCCAAACACUCAUCCGUGUAUACGUCUCUGUUUGUUUUGGUAUAGUAAAAAUAUCGGGCUAUUUUUUUUUUCAAUUUACCUAUAUUUUGCUCAAGCUCAAAAUUGACACAAUAAAUCGAUGGUCCAACUACCAACAACAUAGCUAUUAACAUUAAUAUCGCUAUCGUGAUUCGGUUAUCAAGUUAUUUACAAACAUAAUGAGUAGUAUUUCGUCUCUAUUUUCUGUUAUCUCGAUUAUGACAGUGUGUGUUACUAAAAUUGACACACGAAUUGAAUACAAUAUAAAUGGGCGUUUUUCAUUUUUUUGUACCUUGACUUUUGUGUGAAAUAAUUUUUUUGUAUGAAUAAAUAUGAAAUCGACUUAUUAUUUUACUGCUUUAAUAACUGUUACAUAUAUUUAUAUAGAAAUAAUUAAUUAUUUAAAUUGAAAAUACUCCUUUUGUUAUGAGUGUCUCACGACAAGUGGUAUUCAGAAAACAUACAACAAAAAUGCUUGUCAUUAUAAUAAAAAUUAAAAAAGACGAUAAAAAAAUCAAGAAAUAUAAAAAAUCAAAAUGAACCUGUCCCAGGUUCGAGCCUGGGGUACUUCUGCUCAAAAAGCAUACGUGAUAACCGCUGUUCCACGGCAACUGUAAUGGACCGUGCCGAAAUAUCUAUAUACAUCAAGUAAGUAAGUGUUAGGUUAUUUUCGUUACGGAAUUUCUGGAUUCGGUCUCCACGCUCAAGGCCCGCGAUAGAAGCUAUGCAAUAAAAAACAUUAUGAAAACAAAAGGAAUUAUAUUGUAACUCAGUAGAACUUUAAGAUGCUCAAGCUGAGACAAAUUAAUAUUAUCCAGUUUGAAAAUAAGUAUAAUAAUAAUAUAUAAAUAUAUAUAAUAAUAAUUAUGUUAUAGUAAAAAUCGAAAUAAGUUUACAUCAACAACAAUGAUUGAUAAUAACAUAAUAUUAUGUUAAUUUUAAACUGAUCAAUAGUGUUCAUAUUAUAUACUGUGGUCGAAUUGAAAAUAUGCAUUUAUUUGCAUUCAUCUGUAGUAUUACAAUAUGUAAAUAUUUUAACUGUAUAAUAUUGUCGUGGUGUACUUGGUAUUAUUUUAUAUGAUGAUCUUUGAAAAUUGACCCUUUGAAAGCCCUGCUUUAUUAACUUCAGUUGUAGUCCAACAAACACUGUAUCGAUAAAUAUAAAACACAAUUUCAAAAUCAAGAUUCGUGUAGCAACCUACGAAUGACAGGCAUUAUUUUCACUCAGCGCUUUAAGAACAGUGUCAAGUAGGGCUACCAACCGUACCCUGAAAUAGAUUAUUGUGCUCUAUUCGAUGUAGGUGUACUUUUUAAUCUGUGACACAUUGAGUACGCUAAAAUACUAUUUUUAAAGUAUUCUAACUUUUAUUAGAUUAUUAUUUAUACUUACGGUUAUAUGCGCCCGAGUUUUGUGGCUUUUGGUACUAACUAGUAUGUAUAGUUAUAUAGUAAAUAAGAGUGUUUUGAUUUGUUUUAUGUAACUGAGUUUUACCAGUUACACAAGUUACAACGGCGCCUAUUUAUGCCGUGAAGCAGUAAUGUGUUAACAUUAUUGUGUUUCGGUCUGAAGGGCGCCGGAGCUAGUGAAAGUACUGGACAAUUGAGACUUAACAUCUUAUGACUCAAGGUGACGAGCGCAAUUGUUCUUGAAAAACCCAAAAAUUAUGAGCGGCACUGCAUUGUAAUGGACAAGGCGUAUCAAUUACCAUCAGCUGAACGUCCUGCUCGUCUCGUUCCUUAUUUUCAUAAAAAAAAGAGUAUGACUGUCGUAUGUAAAAAGAGUAAUAUAGCAUAUUCUCUCAGCGUUAUAGAUUAUAGAGUACAGUACACUAUUUAGAGCACGACUGGCAACCCUCCUUGUAUAGUUUCCUUUAAUUUAGUUCUCAACUCUUAUGAAAUUAUUCGCUGGAAUUGUGCUUCUGUUUUAUACAAUUAUCACGUUUAAAAAUAGUUUGUCGAUUUUGCUCAGUGUGAAGCGUGAUUUAUUCUGUAUAAAGUUGUGUUUCAAUGUUUUUAGUAUGUGAAUAUGUUUGCAACUAAUAUUGCGUGUAAUGUAAUAAUGUGUGCCGCUGCGGAAGGCAGAUUUGGCGUUUAAAACUUUUCUAAAGAGAUGAUAUUAUUUACCUCUCGGAUAGCCGUCGGGUACCUAUGUAAUGUUUUUAAUUUGUAAUAACAAGAUCUCUGUUUAUUAUAGAGAGCGCCAUAUUUUGUGUUAAACAAUUCUCGACAUCAGAGGAAUCUUUAAGUUCUACGUCUCUCUCGACUAGUUACAGUACUUCAUUAUUUUGUGGGUAUAUCGAAAAAGCAAUAAACUAAAUCCUCUUACGGUGAAUACUUUCUUAUUAUAAUGAAAUGACCCGAUUUUUUAUAAGUAUUAUAUUAUAUGUCUAUUUUCUGUGACCUUACUAAACAUACUUACAUUAAAAUAUUAUAUAUUUAAAAAAAAUUGUUCACUGAGUUCCUAUCCAUAAUCGUUUAUUUAUACCAUAUUCCUACAGAUGUUAUCUUGGGUUUGAGUUUUAUGCUUUUCCUAUAUAUGAAGUAUGUAUUAUACAAAAAUAACGCGCAGUAAAAGUAUUUUAAUAAAAAUCAACCUUACUACUAACUAAGUUUCGUCUAAUGCCUAAUAGACAUAGAAUCUACUAACGAGAGUUCGUAAGAUUUUACUAGUGUACGCAGAGGAUGCAAUAUGUAUUUUAAUUUGUUUAAUAAUUAAUCUUCAGGUACCGUAAAAUAUAAACUGAUAUGUACUUACUAUAAGAAACUACACAACUUCUGAAAUCUUACUGUUACGGCGGUUCUCGAAAGUAGGUACGCGUACUUUUUUAAGUUAUAGGUACUUCUUUAGGCGCGUUAUGAAAAAAAUGAUGAGAGUGAAAUUUUAAGAUGCGCGCGCAUCACUGUAACACAAAAGUAACAGGUGCAGUUGGUUCCUAAAAUUUUCUGACGUUUGCGUCAGUCUUCAUUUGCUUUUCGUUUCUCUGUCCAUUAUUAGGGCAGGCAAAGGGUUCAAGCCCAUACAGCCGUAUUCAAUAUUUAAUAAUUUAACUAGUCCGACAGACGCUGUUCUGUAUAUAAUAAAUGAAAUAAUGUUUUUUUAUGAAUUUGUCAAUAAUAUUUCAUAAUAUCAAAAAUUGCUUCGUAAAAAUGCACCCUGUUGUUGUAAUGAAAUUGUUUCACAGCAUAACUGUCAAACCGUUGCGUCAAUAAAUUCGACGGGGUACGCAUCAAAGGAAAAGCAAAUUUGUUGUUUUUAUUUAAUUCUGAGUAUUUUCCUAUUUAUUUACCUUUUAAACCUUCCCUGUACUUCCACAAAUAAUUCAAGACCAAAAUUAGCCAAAUCGGUCCAGCCGUUUUCGAGUUUUAGCGAGACUAACGAACAGCAAUUCAUUUUUAUAUAUAUAAAGAAGAUUGUCAAAUCCAUCUUUGCAAGAUUUUUACAAAAUUGUUCUUUCUGAAAACGUUAAAUAGCACGAGGAAUAAAUCAUUUUAAUGAUCUUUGCUUCGUUAGACCAAAGAAGUAUAACUUCUUGCGUGCAUACAUAAGUACCUACACACACACUUUUUUUAUUUAUUACAUAUUAUAAGACAACUGGUUGGUAUUUUUGGAGUUAAGUUGUACCUGCGGCCUUGGAUAGAGCCUCCUCUGAUGUCAAGAUAGUAUAUUAUAGACGAAUGUAUAAAAUAAUGUAAAAUGUAAUGUAUGCAUAGUGGGAAGUGUAUUUAAUUUUAAUAGUUUUAUUGUAAAUUGUGAAUUAACUUGUAUUAUAAAUUUAAUGAUUUAUGUUCAUAUUAUUAUUAUAAUAGACAUUAUAAUUGUUUAUUUAUUUGUAAACGCAUAUAAAUAUGAUUUCGUUUAGUUUAAGUCUAUUUUUGUUUUUUUUUUAUCUCGCUUGCCUUCGAUUCGCUUUCGACUAACUUGCCUUGAUGACGCUUCGGUUUUCAAUAAAAUUAUAAAUCUAUUGACAUUUUGUGAAGUAAUAUUUUAACAAUGUUAAAUUUUUUUAAUCCAGAGUAUGUUGUAUCAUUUUAUGAGAUCACAAGAUAUUUUUUUUAAGCUGUAAUGAUAGAUUCUUUUACUAGCGAGGGCAAGAGGUUUUCGAAGCUCUUGUACUCAAUUUUAACUAGCAGAGGAGGUGUAUUUAAGUGAUGGCAACCCUAAUAAAUGUAAAACAAUCGUGCCGCCAUUAAAAGAUAAAUUAUGUUAACCGUUGUAGGAUUACUUGUGUUAGAAAACCCCGGAAGGAAUUUUUUAAAUGUUGAAGCUAGAGUUUUUACGAAUUUAGAUUAAAUUGUUGCUCAAACUCGAUUAGGUACUAAAGUAAUGCGCGGUAAUGUUCGUCCAUAGGUAGGAUUCAUUCGGUACUGUAAUUAUAGUUUCAACUCUAUGUCGUGCACCGUAGAGCUCUUUUUCGGAAGUUACCAUUAAUUUAUUAAUGCUGUUAUUUUUUUAUAUUGUACGUACUUGUUUAAGCCCAGUAGACUGUGGAUUACAAUCAUUAAUUCUUUAAUGCGCCAUAUUUUGGUUGUAUUUAUAUACAAUUUGAGCGGUUACGUAAUGAUAUAGCAAUCAAAUUUAUUCGCGUCGGUUAUAAAACAAAAUUCAAGGCCGAAACGCUCACUUCGAUCUAUUUGUAAGUAUAUUUUCUGGUCAAUUCAAAUUAUGAAGGGAGAGGCAAGGAAAAUCAUCACAUAUGAGAGAAAAGUUGAAAAAGUACCCGGCUUAUGCUGUAAAUAACAGUUCAAAAAGCAUCCACAAUGGCGCUGGUGUAGGCACAGGGUAUGGUAUGAAGUAUGGUGAAUGUAGCAAUUGUAAACGAAUUGCAGUAUGCCGAUUUAAAAAAUUAAGUUAAUUAUUGAAAAUUUCAACAACUUACGGUGUUCAAAAUAAUGUAAUAAAUAUAACCUUAAAGAAUUAUUAUUAGGGAAACGUGCACCUAGUGUGAUUAGUAGUAUUAUUUUAUAUUUGGCGCUUCUUUUAAGAUUUAUCCUGAUGCUACUGUGCCGCCACCUUAAUUUAAUUAUGCAAAGAUGAUUCUUCUUGCCUUAGACCCUUCAUAAUAAUUUAAAUGUUAAGUUCAUGACCUAACGCUUACAUAUGUGGCAGUGACAAACGCUGUUCGUUCGACUAAACGUCAUUCUGUCACAUUCAAAAUGAAUCUGACUGGGUGGGCAAAGUUGCCAGGUACUUGAGUUGCUUAUAUAAAUCGCAAUAAAAUUAUGCAGUAUAUUAUAUAUUGAGAAUUAAAAUAUUAUUUAAGCAUUGGCGCAACUUAAAUAAAUUAUUUCUCACGCAUGAUUUAAUAAAUGUAUUUUCGCUUUUAUGUUCUGUCUAAUUUAAUGCUGGAAAACGAAUAUUUGUAUUCAAAUAAUUUUAAUAGUACUCUCUUAUUGAAAUAAAACAAUUUUAACAGGACUA